UAAACUUGGGGCAGCAAAACCCUAACAUUUCGCGGCGCCGCAAAACCGAGUGCGCCACGUGUGAGUCGGCCGCGGCCCUCUCCUUGCCCUGACGUGUGAUCACAAUCCGGAAGCGCUUCCCUCAAAAUCCUCAUCUCCUCACGCUCGCUCUCACUCGCUGCCCCCGUUUCGACCAACACCACUGCGAAUACCCCUCUUUCUCGAAAUCUCUCUCUUCCGUUUCUUCUUGGAAUCUUCGAUUCCCUCCUCCUCCGACGAUCGGCCGGGGCUGUCGGGGAAGAUGGCAUCGCCGAAGGAGGGGUUCUUGACGGACGAACAGAGGGAGGUGCUGAGGAUAGCUGUGCAGAACGCGGAGGUACUGUCCUCGUCGCCGAAGUCCCGGACUUCCUUGCUGCUUCCGGAACUUAAGAGCAAGGUCGGGUGUGGCGGGAAGUCUACCGCGGUUGGAGGCAGCGUGAGGCAUGUCCGGCGCUCGCAUUCGGGGAAGCCAGUGCGAGUGAAGAAGGAUGGUGCUGGUGGUAAAGGCACAUGGGGUAAGCUCCUUGACACUGAAGCAGCUUCAUGUCUUGACCGAAAUGACCCAAAUUAUGAUAGUGGAGAGGAACCAUAUGAGCUGGUAGGUACCACUGUUUCAGACCCUGUAGAUGAUUACAAGAAGUCUGUGGUGACAAUCGUUGAGGAGUAUUUUAGCACAGGUGAUGUACAAUUGGCUGCUACUGAUCUUGGAGACCUUGGUUCUGAUGAGUACCAUCACUUCUUUGUCAAAAAACUCAUUUCUAUGGCAAUGGACCGACAUGACAAAGAAAAAGAGAUGGCGUCAGUUUUACUUUCUUCUCUUUAUGCUGAUGUAACAAGUCCAGCUCAGAUUAGCCAUGGAUUUGUAAUGCUACUUGAAUCAGUUGAUGAUUUGGCGGUUGACAUACCUGAUGCAGUUGAUGUCCUAGCUUUGUUUAUUGCCCGUGCAGUUGUUGAUGAUAUCUUACCUCCUGCCUUCCUUACUAGAGCAAAGAGAACUCUUUCUGAAUCCUCUAAAGGAUUUCAGGUUAUACAAAUUGCUGAAAAGAGCUAUCUGUCUGCUCCACACCAUGCUGAGUUAGUUGAACAACGAUGGGGUGGUACUGUGCACAUUACAGUCGAAGAGAUUAAGAAGAAGAUCACAGAUUUGUUAAGGGAAUAUAUAGAGAGUGGAGAGACAGCGGAGGCAUGCAGGUGCAUAAGGGAGCUGGGGGUCUCUUUCUUUCAUCAUGAGGUUGUGAAGCGGGCUCUGGUUCUGGCGAUGGAGAUCCAAACAUCAGAGCAUGCAAUUUUAAAGCUUUUGAAAGAAGCAGCAGAAGAAUGCCUGAUCAGUUCUAGUCAAAUGAUCAAAGGCUUUUCUAGGGUUGCCGAGAGUCUUGACGAUCUUUCUCUUGAUAUUCCAACUGCUAAAUCCUUGUUCCAGAUACUAGUUCCUAAAGCAAUUUCUGAGGGAUGGUUAGACCCUUCCUUUCUCAAGUCUGAAGGUGCAGUUGAGGAUGGCAAUAAUGAAAGUUCCGAGAAGUUAAGGCGGUACAAGGAAGAAGCUGUUACUAUAAUACAUGAAUAUUUUCUCUCAGAUGACAUAACUGAGCUCAUUCGAAGCCUUCAGGACCUUGCUGUUCCAGAGUACAAUCCUGUUUUUAUCAAAAAACUGAUCACACUUUCCAUGGAAAGGAAAAACCGGGAAAGGGAGAUGGCAUCUGUUCUGCUAUCCACACUAAGUACGGAAAUAUUCUCAAGAGAUGAUAUUGUUAAUGGAUUCAUAAUGCUUUUGGAAUCUGCUGAGGAUACUGCGUUGGAUAUUUUGGAUGCCUCAAAUGAGCUAGCUCUUUUUCUUUCUAGAGCUGUGAUUGAUGACGUACUAGCACCCCUAAAUUUGGAGGAGAUCAGCAACAAGCUCACUCCCAAUUGCAGUGGAAGUGAAACUGUGCAUAUGGCUCGGUCUCUUAUUUCUGCCCGCCAUGCUGGUGAGAGGCUACUGAGGUGCUGGGGUGGUGGCACCGGUUGGGCAGUGGAAGAUGCGAAAGACAAGAUAGUAAAGCUUCUGGAGGAGUACGAGAGUGGAGGUGAUGUCAGGGAAGCAUGCCAGUGUAUUCGUGACUUGGGUAUGCCUUUCUUCAAUCAUGAGGUAGUGAAAAAAACCUUGAUUAUGGCUAUGGAGAAGAGUGAUAGACUCCUGGACUUUCUACAUGAAUGUUUUGGUGAAGGGUUGAUCACGAUCAAUCAAAUGACGAAAGGAUUCUCUAGAGUUAGAGAUGGUCUUGAUGAUUUGGCCCUUGAUAUACCCAAUGCAGAGGAGAAGUUCCAAACAUUUGUAGAGCACGCCAAGAAACAUGGUUGGCUACUGUUGUCCUUUUAAACAGCUAAUCAAGUCCCAGACACUGCUGGCAGUUGGGCAGGCUCUCAGUUCUCAUCAGAAAUUUCUUUAGUUUCCUCCAACUGUCAUGCUGUUAUUUCUUCUGGUAAUCUGGUAAGAAUGAGCCUCUUUUGGUCUCUGGUGAAUUUUCAUGGAUGUGGCAUCUAUAUCAGGUUAGAAAGUAGCACCUUUUUGGUUUUGAUUUUCAAGAUAAUCUGUGUUGGAUAGAUUUCUGACAAGGACUAAUUAGGAAAGGAACAGUGAUACACAUUAUUUGGUCUUUGUAUGAUUGGUAAUGAAUAGUCUCACUUUUUUGUUUCGUGGAGCUCCGAGAUCAGUACUAAUAUUUUUGGAGUAUUAUUCACUAC